AUGGCUGAUGAUAAGGACGUUUUCGAUUUGCUCGAGAAGGAAUCCAAGGAAUUCGAUAAGGACUCCGAAAUUGACCGCAUCUGCAAUGCCUUCAAGCUCGACUCGUACGCCGUCAUGGGCCUCAAGCCCGGCGUCCCCGAAAACGACAUCAAAAAGAUCUACCGCACCAAGUCACUGCUGAUCCAUCCUGAUAAGACGACAAACCCCAAGGCGCCCGACGCCUUCGACCGGCUGAAGAAGGCACAGGAGCAGUUGAUGGACGAGAAGGCGCGCGCCCGACUGGACGAGGCCAUCGCUGACGCGCGCAUGCUGCUGAUCCGCGAGAACAAGUGGACAGUCGAUUCUCCCGAGCUCAAGACGGAGGAAUUCGAGGUAAAAUGGCAAAACAAGACCAGGGAGGUGCUCAUCGAAAACGAGCUACGCCGCCGCAAGCAGAUGCAGGCCGCCAUGCGCGAGGAAGGCCGUCAGCAGAAGAAGGAGGAGGCCGAGAUAGCCGAGCGCAAGCGCAAGCGCGAGCACGAAGAGGCAUGGGAGAGCUCGCGCGACCAGCGCAUCGGCUCCUGGCGCGAUUUCCAGAAGAAGGGAUCUGCCGACGGCGAAAAGAAGAAAAAGAAGAAGCUUAAGCCCAUCGGGUGA